CAAGCGUGCGACUUGUGUGUGCUAAUGAGUGCUCCUUUGAAACCUUGGGAAAAACCUGACGAUGAGAGCAGAGGACAGAGUCAUUCACCCGCUGGUGCUCAAGUAGGCCGAACAACUUGUCCUCCUCCACGGCCCCCACGUCACAGAGAAUCUGCUAGGCUUACGAGUUACGGCAAUUCGUUGCCAUUCGGAGGUUAUCCGUAUGGUAGACUUGGUGGAGGAGGUUAUGGAAGUUUGUUUGGAGGAUAUCCAUCAUACGGAUAUUCGCCAUAUUCUGGGUAUGGCUCGUCUAUGUACAGACCAGGUGGAUACUCUGGAUUUGGGUCAUAUGGCAAUAGAGACGAUCGUCCAAGUCCCUUCGUUCAGAGGGCCGAAGAUAGCAGUCGUGCUGCAUUUCAAUCUAUUGAAUCAAUUGUGCAUGCAUUUGGUUCAGUAGCAAUGAUGCUGGAGUCGACAUUUCAAGCAUUGUAUCAUUCAUUUCGAGCUGUGCUAGGCGUGGCUGAUCACUUCUCUCGAUUGAAAUCUCAUUUGUGGAAGAUACUGAGUGCAAUGACUGUACUAAAGACAUUACAUUGCAUGGUGAAUAAAGUGUUGGGAUGGUUAAAGUUUAGACAAUCUACAUCAGGUGAAGAUUUAUGGCAGCAGGCUGCUGGAGUUAAUGAGACGUCUAUAUCUGUCACAGCUUUGGAUGAUGGCCCACGUUCUUGGCCAUUUGUGGUUUUUCUUAUUGUUGCUGUUGGCGGACCUUGGGUCUUAUGGCGAUUUGUUUGUAAAUCAUUGAGUGAGAGCCAAAGGAUUGAGAGAAACUCUGCAAGAGAUCAGAGUGAUUGGGUGACUGAUGAAGGAAGACAUGUUGAUGCUAAGGUGUUAUAUGACUUCGAUGCAGAGAAUGAUGAUGAAUUAAGUAUCCAGACAGGCGAUCAAUUAAGAUUGGCUCCAAGUGAUAAACAGCCAAGAGUGAGAGGUUGGGUGUUGGCUGCCAGUAAUGGACAGACAGGUCUUGUACCGGCUAACUAUGUCAAAAUCUUGGGACAAUCACAGGAUCGAUUCACAUCACCUCUUAGGUCUCGACCAUUAUCUGAAGACAGUGGAGUACAAGUAGGAAGUCAGCAACACGAGACAGACCAGCAAUAUGAGGACGAGUAGAAAUAAGAAUUGCAACCAAUGAUCAUGUUUAUAGUGUUUGGUGAUUUAAAACAUUGAGUUUAGAUAGCAGUGUAGCCAUUGACCAUGGAUCAAGUUGUACAUGAACUGGAUACUCUAAAUAGUACAUUCAUGCUGCAGAAAUUGUACUGCUGAAUGAUUUGUGCUC